UCACCGGCGCACAAUUAGCCCCCGGGAGCGGCGGAAAGGGAGGCGGGAGGGGAGGGAGAAGGGGAAGGGGGAGGGGGCUGCCGCGGAGCCCAAUCGCUGGCUCCCGCCCCGGCCGCGCGGCACCGCCUUCGCCAUUGCUGCGAGCAGAGCGGGGACACGGAGGCUCGGAGCGCGUCGGAGCCCAGACCUGCCGGAGCCGGGCGCGGCGGCAGCCUUGGGUCUCCCGGAACCAUGGUGAAGUUGGGGAGCAAUUUCGCGGAGAAGGGCACCAAGCAGGUGCUGCUGGAGGAUGGCUUCGACACCAUCCCCCUGAUGACGCCCCUCGAUGUCAAUCAGCUACAGUUCCCGCCCCCGGAUAAGGUGGUCGUGAAGACCAAGACCGAGUAUGAGCCUGACCGCAAGAAGGGCAAGGGGCGCGUGCACAAGAUUGCCGAGUUCACCGUCAGCAUCACCGAGGGCAUGUCGGAGAGGUUCAAGGUCUCCGUGCUGGUCGUCAUCGCCCUGGCCUUCCUCACCUGCGUCGUCUUCCUGGUCGUCUACAAGGUGUACAAGUACGAGCGCCUCUGCCCCGACGGCUUCAUCCUCAAGAACUCCCAGUGCAUCCCCAACGGCCUGGCGGCCUACUACGCGGAGCAGGACCCCCACUCCCCGGACAAGUUCUACGCCGUCGUGAACCACUACAACCUGGCCAAGCAGAGCAUCACCCGCUCCGUGUCGCCCUGGAUGUCCGUGCUGUCGGAGGAGAAGCUGUCGGAGCAGGAGACGGAGGCGGCCGAGAAGUCCGCCUAGCGGGGCGGGCGGGCUCCGGACAGGGCACCGCCCGAAGGUAACAGAGGGACUUUGAGGGACAUUUCAUUCAACAUAACCACCGGUAAUUUAGAGGUUACUCAUUUACGGUGCAACCGCUUCUGUCUGCUACCGCUGCUUUGCAAACGAAACCUGCCGCAGACCUCCUGCGAGCAUAAAGUCGAGUGCGCGUCUGCGGCCCUGAGAGCGCCGACCCACUUCCCACGUUGCGGGGCCUCAGCUCAGCUCCUCUGCUGGGGUUUGUCUGAUGUCGCCCAAAAAUAAAUUUACCCUGGACGUGCAAGGGGUCUGGAUUUCAGACAAAUGGUGCACUCGCAGAACUGAUUUUUUAAACCGCCUUGCUGCUCGCAGACCUCCGCCCCACCCCCACCUAGCGCGCCCCCUGCUUUGCCCAGAGCGAGCUGCACUCCCCACCCUCACCAGGGGCGCCAGCACCGACCGCCAGGGCUCCCCGUGGUAGGCACUGCAGGGGGGGAGGGGCAGGUGCCGUCAGGUGGCUGUCAGGCCGUGUUGUGCUCGGGUGCAUGUUGACUGUCAAGGCAUUUUUGGGGUGCGGGGAGCCUGGAGGGAGAGGGCCCCAGGCGGCCGGAUGCGCCUCCCUGGAGGUGGUCUGCCACUGGUGACCGGUGCUGGCCCUUCUGUUCACAGCUGUCGUGACUAAAUGUGCACCGACGGCCCUGUUAGCAAGUUAGUUUUGGGGAAGUUAGUGGGUGGGAAAAGUGAAAAUGUACCUGCCGGUGAGCUGAGGCUACUUGGAGUUUAGUUUUGUGGAGCAGACGUAACCCCCUGCCCCCCGCCCCCGGCCCCGUCCCCCAUGUCAGACGCAGGCAGGGGAGGCUGGGGCGGGGCUGGCGCAGCCCCUGCAAGGCCAGUGAUGGCGUCUCAACUCCCAAUCUCUGUAAAAAGUUGUUUCGACCCGAAUCUCGACAUUAAAGUAUGUUUACAAAACUGCCAGUUAGACAACUACGUGUGUAAGACGAUUAAACAGCAGAUCCUCAGA